CGGCUGUAUGCGCUGUGAUUGAGGGCUGUUUACUUUUACUCUAACCAAGUGGAACAAGAAAGUCUCAUCUGCCGGGAAGACUAAUUGACAAUGGCACGAACGAAUCGCGGGCGGGGGCGAUGUGCGCGCAAGGCGACGUUUCUGGCGUUUGGGUUUGCGGUACUUGCUGCUUCUGCGUCUGCGGCUUCUGCGUCGCAUGAUUCGGGUGCAGGGGCGAGUGUGGAUACGAGUUUGAGCCCGAGCGAGGUGAAGACAGAGACGGGAACGGGGACGGGCACGGAGACGGCUUAUUCGUUCUCGAGCGCCAAGGGUCGCGCUGUGGUCAAUACGCAAAAUUCAGAAGAUGCGCAAGCCGCUGAAGCCGCCCGCGCAUACCGCACCGCCCUUCUCACGCUCGCGAACCUGACCGCGCACCCACCGCCGUACACCGCCGACCCGUCGUACGGCUCUGCACCGGACCAGCACGCGCCCUCGCUCCUCUCCCUCGUCGGCGACACGCUCGUCGGCACCGGCGCGGGUGGGGCGCACGGGUACGACGAGGGCCAGGGCCCGUUCGGGAGCGCGAUUAGGAUCGCGAAGAAGCUGGGCACGCAGGUGAAGAACGUGUACAGUGCGCCCGGCAGGGCUGUUUCGAGUUUGUUAGGUGGCGGGGGCGCCGGUGGAAGUGGGGGUGGGAGCGGGGAGGGGGGGAGGUUGUGGGGGCGCGGCGCGGCGGGGAGGGACGAGGAUGCGCAGAGGAAGGCGGUGAAGGUGUUGGAUCUGCUGCAGCAUGCGGCUGAGCUUGGGAGUGUGGAUGCGGUGUAUGUGCUUGGGAUGGUGUCGCUCUUCCCGCCCAACUUCCACUUCCCCUCCGACCCCGUGCUUGCUUUCUCCUCCUUCGCCACGCACGCAGCAGCGACCGGCAACGGCACGUCGCACGCCUACCUCGGCUUCCUACAUGCCACCGGCUACGGCGGUGCCUCCUCUUCCGCGGGCUCUUCGUCCUCAGCUGGGAGCCCAAGUAUCGACCAGGCACGCGCACUGCUGCACUACACGUUUGGCGCGCACGCGGGCGACGCAGGCGCCCAGGCCGCGCUUGGGUACCGGUAUACGGCCGGGAUAGGCGCGCAGAGCGACUGUAAGCGGAGUUUGGAGUGGUGGGAAGGGGCUGCUGAGCAUGCUUAUGCGGCGUUCUUGGAUGGUCCACCUGGCGGGCGGACGCUUCCGCUGACUGCGACCCGGUUGUCGGAUUUGGAUGGGGGCGUGUAUGGGCCGGGCGCGAGUGUUGCGAGUGCGGGUAUGAAUGUGCUGAGGCCGGCGGUGAAGGCUGGGUUGGCGCAGGCGGCGGGGGAGACGUGGGAGGACGUUAUGGAAUAUUACAUCUUCAACGCCGACCGCGGCGAGCUCGACUUCGCGUACAAGCUCGGGCGCAUAUAUUACCAAGGCUCGAUCUACUACACGCCCGGCGGCAUCGCGUCGGGCGCCGAGGGCGUCGGGCGCAUCCCGCAGGACUAUAACAAGGCACUGCACUACUUCUUCCUCGUCGCGCGCACGGUCUGGCCGCGCGACCCGCUCGCGAAUCCGCUGAGCGCGCAUAUGGCGCCGAGCGCGGGGUUCAAGGUCGAGGGCGUGACGCAGCCCGGGUGGGCGCACCGCGCUGCGGCGUACCUGGGCAGGAUGUAUCUGAGGGGCGAGGGGGUGAGGCAGAGUAAUGAGAUGGCGAUGAUGUGGUUUGAGAGGGGGGUGGAGUAUGAUGAUCGGGAGUGUGCGAAUAUGCUGGGGGUGAUGUGGAGGGACGGGCUGGUGCCGGGGAGGAAGGAUCCGGUGAAGGCGCAAGGGUAUUUUGCGAAGGCGGCGGGGCAGGAGUUGGCGGAGGCGCAGGUGAAUGUGGCGAAGCUGUAUUAUCAGCGCGGUGAGUACAAGCUCGCCGCGACCGCGUUCGACACUGCGGUCCGCUACGGUUCUCCAUUCGAGGCGCCAUUUUACCUCGGCAAGCUCUUCGCGCACUCGUUCUAUGAGUACGACGCGGCGGGGCACAUCGACGUUGCGCGUGAGACGUGCGAGAGUGCGCGGGCAUUCUUCAAGAAUGUCGCCGAGCGCGGUACGUUUGCGGACGCGGACGCGCUCAACCCCGGCGAAGUGUAUGGCAUCGGUCCCAGCGGUGAUAUUCUGGGCGAGGCCGAGGAGCUGUGGGCGAGCGGGACGGAAAGAGGGAGGGAGCAGGCGAUGCUGAGGUGGUGGCUCGCGGCGGAGAGGGGGAGCGAGAUUGCGCAGAAUAAUCUGGCGUAUGUGCUUGAUCAGGAUAAAUCGCUGCUCCGCAACGCUCGUCCAGCCACGUCUCCCACCCUUGGUGGCUCGCCGAACGAGAGCGCACGGGUUGCGCUUACGCAGUGGACACGCAGCGCCGGCCAGCGAAAUAUCGACGCGCUCGUCAAGGUCGGAGACUACUAUUACCACGGUCUCGGGCUGCAGGGCGAGGAGCCGGAGAAGGUUCGCUUCGAGAAGGCCGCGCUGUAUUAUCACGACGCGGCGGAUAAAGCGAGCGCGCUGGCGAUGUGGAAUCUGGGCUGGAUGUACGAAAAUGGUGUUGGGGUGCCUCAAGACUUCCAUCUUGCGAAACGGCAUUAUGACCAAGCGCUUGCGACGAACAGCGAGGCGUAUCUCCCUGUGAUGCUUUCGAAUGCCAAGCUCUAUGCUCGUAGCCUGUGGCUGACCAUUCGUGGUGGUGGCGAGAGCACGAAUCUCUUCCUUGGAGAAGAAAAACUCAUCGAAGCGGCACACGACGAGCACGAAAAGGCCGAGGCAGACAAACGCGCCCAGCGCGAGCAGCAGCAACGCCAAGCUCAAGAGCUCCUCGAGGAUGAAGACACCGGCAGCGGGUGGUAUAUGGGUAAAGCGCGCGACGACUUCCACAAGCGCCGGCGCCAGGGUGUCGGGAUGCCGCAAGAAGAUCAAGAUCCCAUCGAGUACGCGCGCGAACACCGUCAAGCGCUCGCAGACGAACUCGACUACGGGCCCGAGGACUACUUCGACGGCGCGCUGCGCGGGGGGUACCGCGACGAGCAUGGGAACGCGCAGGAGUUCGGCGUGGACGACGAGCUCGGGGAGACGAUCCUGCUCGUGCUGCUGUGCGUGAGCGUGAGCGUGCUGAUCUGGAUACGCGCACGGCUCGUCGAGCGGGCGCGGCAGCAGCAGCAGCUGCUGCAGGCGCACGCUGCACAGGCGCAUGGGCAUGCAAAUGAGACGGAGGAGCAGAGGAGGGAGCGGGAGCGGAGGCAGUUUGGGGUGUUUCCGCCUGAGGGGGAUCCGGCGCGGGGAGAGUGGAAUAUUCUGCGAUAGUGGGUAGUGUAUAGAACGAAGUUGAUUGGGAUUCUGUUAUUAUCUGGUUUUAUUUCUUAUUC